AUGUCGUCAAGACGUGACCUUCUUUCCCCGCGCGACUACGAUGAAGACGCCGAGUCGUUGCGGUCCCCGCUUUCGGAUCAGGACUCUGAUAGCGAGGACGACGAAUUCCUCGCCCGGUCCCGCACCACCCUAGAGCUUGCCGAGCACGACCGCACCGUUCUCGAUGACGAAGAGGAGCUCGAAAAGUUACUCACCAGAUCCGGUCCCACUCAUGAUAUCCGUCGAAUCUUCAGUCCAAAUAGAAGCAAUGUUAGGAUCGGGAAGAAGGAGGAAGCCCGGCGGCAACGGAGGAGAAAAGAGAGGGCUGCUCGAAAAGCACGCCGCGAGAAACGGCACGGCGACGACGAGGAGAUGUAUGAGAUGGAAGAGGGACACCCCGGCGAUGAGAGCUCUCUGCUGAGUUCCUCUUCGUCUGACUCGGAUGAGCGGAUCAAGGAGCAGUAUGCCGAUAUCCAGGAUCGUCAAAAAGUCUCUUGGCGGAAACUGACGCUUGUAUCCUCCGCCAUCUUCGUCCUCUUCCUCAUCCUCCUUCUUGGGGCGUACAAGGCUUCAGCCGGUUUCCGCUCCUCCCACAACCCGAAGACCCCGCUGUCAAACGGAACCGCACUGUUCGCGCCUACGACAAUAUUGAUAUCGCUGGACGGAUUUCGCGCCGAUUUCCUCGACCGUGGCCUGACCCCAACGCUCAAUGGAUUCAUCGCAGAGGGCGUUUCGCCUCAGUAUAUGCGUCCUAGCUUCCCCAGCGUUACCUUUCCCAACCAUUUCACUCUCGUCACUGGGCUGUAUCCGGAGAGCCAUGGAAUCGUUGGGAAUACAUUCUGGGACCCAGAACUACAGGAGCAGUUCUACUACACUCAUCCGAACGUCAGUAUGCAGGCAAAAUGGUGGAACGCGGAGCCCCUUUGGAUGACCGCCGAAAACCAGGAAGUGCGGAGUGCUAUCCAUAUGUGGCCAGGGUCGGAAGCGCAUAUUGGGGGCGUGGAGCCAACUUAUCUUGAUCAAUAUAACGGCUCGGAGGUAUUGGCACGAAAAACACAACGCAUUCUUGAACUACUGGACCUGCCUGGCCUAGAGCAGGAGUCGCUGCCCGUGCCUCAGCGGCCGCAAUUCAUUGCCGCGUAUGUUCCAAACGUAGAUGCAGAUGGCCACAAGUACGGACCAAACAGCACUGAGAUUCGGAGCACUAUUUCAAAGGUCGAUGAUAUGCUUGCAGAUCUUUUCACGGGCCUUGGAGAGCGCAAUCUUACGGAAGUGGUCAACAUUGUCGUGGUUUCUGAUCAUGGCAUGGCGUCGACUUCCACUGAGCGGCUGGUGCAACUCGACGACUUGAUUGACCUCAAUCUGACCAGCCAUAUCGACGGCUGGCCAUUGCGCGGGAUCCGCCCUAAGCGCCCUGAGGAUCUCAAAACCCUCCAGGACCAGCUAGAGCGUGUCAAAUCUCAGUAUUCGGACGCGAUCGAGAUAUACACUCGCGAAGGCAUGCCAGAGCGGUAUCAUUUCAAGAACAAUGAUCGCAUUGCCCCUCUCUGGGUAAUACCAAAAACUGGCUGGGCCAUUGUCGAACGACCCGAAUUCGAUGCCCAGGUCGCACUGCAGAACGGCGAUGUGUACCAUCCUAAAGGCAUUCACGGGUAUGACCAUGAACACCCGUUGAUGCGGGCAAUCUUUAUCGCCCGCGGCCCUGCUUUUCCGCACCCGCCCAACAGUCGACUUGACGUUUUCCAAAAUAUCAACGUCUAUAACAUCCUGUGUGAUUCACUUGGAAUCAAGCCGCAUCCGAACAACGGGACACUGCGACUUCCCUUGCAGCCUAGCGGUCUCCACUCGGAUGAGGACGCGCCAGUACUCGAUACUUCGUCUGAUCCUCCAGCUACGCAAGAGCCCACACAAACCGUGGCACACACUUCUACCGUAAUGAUUUCCAGUUCAAUCUCGACCACGUCUGAUACAGAAUCCGCGUCAGCCUCACCCAGCGCUAAACCCGAAGAGGCUGCCGACGAUGAGACAGACACAGACUGGUGGGAUAGCAUCUUGGACAAGGUGGAAGAUGUAAAAGACUGGGCGACCGAUUUGUUGGAUGACAUCAAGGAGGAGUUCUCACCGGCGCGCUGA